CCUUCCAACAUGCACACGAAAAAAUAUAUUACUAUACAGUAUCACAGAAAAGCCCAGAAGAAGCCUUCACAGUGCAUAGCCUACCUAUAAAAUCAGACAAUAUUAGACUAAACAGAUCACAUUUUCACCCGGAGUAGAAAUCGUGCAGAGACUUUAUUCCUUUUCUGCAGAUUCUUAACAUAUAUAAACAAUGCUUCAGAAGACUGGACUUCUCACGCUGCUCGCGCUCAUUGCGUCUGCCUACGAACUGGAUCAGAACGAGUCCUUCUCUCCCAGGAGAACACGCGUCGCUGCGAACAGCCCUUCAGACGUGGCACGCUGUCUCAACAGCGCCCUGCAGGUGGGCUGCGGUGCCUUCGCCUGUCUGGAGAACUCCACCUGCGACACGGACGGCAUGCACGAUAUCUGCAAGGCCUUCCUCUACAGCGCUGCUAAAUUCGACACUCAGGGCAAGGCCUUCGUCAAAGAGAGCCUGAAGUGCAUAGCCAACGGCAUCACCUCCAAGGUCUUCCUCACCAUCCGCCGCUGCUCCACCUUCCAGAGGAUGAUCUCCGAGGUGCAGGAGGAGUGCUACAGCAAGCUGGACAUCUGCACCGUGGCCCGAUCCAACCCCGAGGCCAUUGGGGAGGUGGCCCAGCUGCCCAGCCACUUCCCUAACAGGUUCUACGGCAAGCUGCUGCAGAGCCUGAUGGAGUGCGACGAGGAGACGGUGGACCUGGUGAGGGCCAGCCUGGUGUCCAGACUGGGGCCGGAGAUGGCCAUGCUGUUCCAGCUGCUGCAGAGCAAGGCCUGCCCCCCGCCGUCCGCCGCCGUGCCUGCUGGGAUAGAGGCGCGCGGGGGCUGGAGGUGGCCCGCCAGUUCCCACAUGCUCAAGACCCAGCCCAACCUCCGCAACAGGGACUCCAGCCUCUACGCCAAGAAGCGCGCCACUGGUGACAGCUCAUAAUUACCACGGGAAAAAAAAAAAACAACAACACAGAAACUACGUCCACUGUAACUCCUGCAAAAUAAGCAAACAAACCGAAACUAAACUAAAAAUAAACGCUCCCGUGAGUGUGUGAGGGCAGUUCACAUAUGUGCCCUGAAGUAAAAACUGCUUGUAUGUCAGGUAUAUUUGACAGCUUCCUUAUAUGAAUACAUCUAUUGAACACAUGGACCCUAAAGGGCAGUUUACUCUGUGUUUAACUGACGUAUUCGUAAGUGAACCUGUGUAAGCUACAUUUAACCACAAAUAAGGGAAAGACACGCCGAUCUGAAGCAAUGCUGUUUUUACUUAAAGGUAUCAUAAUUGAAAUAGAUCACUUAUAUAAUAUACUUAAUAUUUUGUAUGUAUUUUCAUUACAGCAAAGUAAAAAAAAAAAAAAAAUACUCUAGCGGAUGAAUGGGUGAUGUAAGACAGAUGACCUGUGCUGUAAAAUAAUGAGCGUAAUAUUUAUUUAUGAGCAUUCUCUUAAGUACCUAAUGACUUCAGUUGUUUGUCUCAGAAUAUGCAGGUUCCAUUUGCCUCCAUGUGUUACAGCUAUAACAGAACCCCUGGAUUGUCACCCAUACAGUUCUAUGCCACAGGUAGGGGCUGUUUAAAAUGUUAGGGGUGGGGGGGUGGGGCUUAAUAAGCUGUACGCAGGACUUAACUACAGAAACACCAAAAACCGAAGACUGACCCCACUGCCAUAUGAAACAGCUGUGAAACAUGGUAUCUGGCAUCCACAAUGCAAUGCCAGAGAACAGGUGAUUAUAUAGAAGCGUAAUAUCCCUGGCUAAAAGUUCACUAUAAAACCUACAGUGCAAAAAAAAAAAACAGGGUGGACUAUGAAAUGUGUUGUCAAAUUCUGCCAAAAAAAGAAGAAUCUAUAUUCACUUAUAUGUGCAAUGUGUAGCUGUAGUAUAACUAAUGAGCAAAACAUUUCCUGAAGCAGAUGUAAGCCACCUCUAUGGAAUGAUGCACAACACACUCCCUGACGAAUAUGACAUAGAGAGGUGGCUCCGAAUACACUGACUUGCAGUGUUGAUUAUAAGGAGAAUGACAUUACUAUUUAAAAGCCUUGUGGUAUAUUAUUAAUAUUUAUUUUCCUACUAUAUUAUUUAAUUUUUUUUAUUUUAUUAAGUUGCCGUGGUUAUUAGUUUUUGUAUGCUAGUUUUAGGUUAUAGAUAUAGAUUUUAAAGUAUGGUUGGUGUUGAAUCUUAAAACGUUGCCAUCCUCCCAGGUGUGUCUUCUGAGGUGACUGAAUAGGUUUCAUGUUAUGACUCUGUGCUGGUCAUGGGGGAACACGUUGGCUAUUCUAGUCAGGUGACCUUCUUCGCUAGUGUUAUAUGGGACCAUAUCCAAAACAACUUAUCAAGGGUUGCAACUUGCGUGUGUGGGUCAAGAGGACUAAAAUGUGUGUAGGUUUAUUACCUUAAAAAUCCCAAUUGUGUUCGUUGGGGACUUUGUGUACAUUUUCCAACUCAGCUCAGUGCAUACAGAUAAAAUGAUAAUGUGACUUACCCAUCGUACUGUACAAGUGACUCUGACAAUUCUUUCUGGAAUAGUGAACUGCAAAGUGUUUGGUGGAUUUAUUUUAUACACUAUGCAAUAUACAGUGUUUGUGAAGAGCCUGCUCAAUCAUAAACGUUUGCCUUGGUGAAUUUUA